CGCGGUCGUAAAUCUCGAUUUUAAAUCACAAAAAAAAAAAAAAACUAUUGUGUUGUGAUACUAAAUAAUUAAAUUUUUUCAACGCUCAAAAUGUUUCUCAAUACUAAAAUUUUAAAAGCUAUUCCAUUUAAAAAUCCGGUAAGGUUGCCUCUCACGUACUGGAUAUUAGUAUUUAUUCGUUUCGCCCUUACGGUCGCUCCUCAAUUAGGAUAUUUACACCCCGACGAGUUCUUCCAGAAUGUUGAGGUCAUGGCAGGAGAUAUAUUCAACAUCGACGUCGCAAAAACUUGGGAGUUCAACCCAAAAUUUCCGAUCAGAAACAUUUUAGUACCAAAAAUGAUUUUAGCGCCACCACUGCAUUUCAUUCGCAUACUCAAUCCUUACAGUAAAUAUUAUUUGGAUAUAAACUUACGAACACCUUACUAUUUACUCAUUAUCCCACGUCUGUUUGUUUGUUUAUUAUCGUUUGUUAAUGAUUACAGUCUAUAUAGAAUAUGUGUUUUAUAUGGUCAAAAUUUUAGAAAUCGACUGGUUAUAUUUGCAAGUUCAUAUAUUGUACUUGUUUAUUGUUGUAGAAGCUUUUCAAACACUUUUGAAAUGGCAUUUUUUUCUAUUCUACUUCUUUUGGUAGCUGAAUGUAUGUUGAAAUCUGAUAAAGUAAUAUAUCAUGAUGAGUUUUUAAGAGAAAAAUAUGAUAAGGCAUCGACUCCAGUUGAGAAAGUUAAACUGUUUAAGCUGAAAAUGCAUUUACCGGAGCAUUCCUUGAAUCAUGUGUUUAUUCUAGCCACUCUGGUGGUUAUAGGAAUAUUUAACCGUCCAACAUUUGUAGGGUUUGCAUUUCCGCCUAUAUUCUUCUGGCUGCAUCGUGGCUUGGGGUCUAAAGUUGUUGGUUUCAAAGACUUUCAUGUUCGUAUAUUCAUGUUUAUCCUUUGUGGGGUACCGUCGGCUUUCCUUCUCAUACUGGUGGACUCUGGUUACUAUGGUUACUUGACGAUGGCUGAUGUUGAGUUGAUGAAGUGGUCAUGGGAUAACUGGGUGGUGACGCCGCUGAACUUCCUGCGGUACAACUUGGACAUGAAGAACCUGACGCAACAUGGGUUGCAUCCUCGCUGGUUGCACCUGGCAGUCAACGUGCCACUGCUGUUUAGUGUGCUGGCGGGGAUGGCUUUCGUCACACUGUCAACAAACACAUACAGGUUCAUCUGUGGGCACUACAGGAAACUGCCCAGGAUACAAAGCAUCACUGGCUUGAUGUUGUUCUCCCUGGUGAUCCCUGUGGCGCUGCUUUCCCUCUUCCCUCACCAGGAGGCUCGCUUCAUCAUCCCCGCACUAGUACCCCUCGUCUACCUCUACGGGAACAGGCUACAUCCAAACGAAUCCGACCUACCCAAUCACAGGAAACUUAAAAAAAUACUCCUUUAUACUUGGUUCAUACUAAAUGCCAGCCUCACUCUUUUUUACGGCUUUUUACACCAAGGCAGUAUCUAUUCCUUCGCUAACACGCUACACAGAGAAAUCAAAGGCACGUACGGUACACACACAUACGUAAUAAGCACGCAUAGUUACAGCAUACCCUCGUAUUUGCUACAAUUAGAGAGUACGACGAAAGUGUACAAAGAUAGACACACUGGACACAAAUAUAGGCUCACUCCAACGACCUUUCUAUACAAAUAUGGUUCUAUGCCUAUGGACGAACUCUUUACGAAAGUAGACGACGUUCUUACAAACGCCGAAAUGCUUUUACAUGAAUAUAAGAAGCAAUACAGAUUCUACGUGGCCACGCCUUGCUCUUUAGAGCUAGAAGUAGAAGAGGCAGCCAAGAAAUAUUAUUACUUUAAGUUGGUGGACGACUUUAGGUAUUAUCCCCAUUUUUGUACGGAAGCGGUCCCUAAGUUCCCAAGUCGCCACGACCAAUUCUGCGUGGAAAGAAAUCUCUUAAAGAAUGAAUCUCGAGCUGUAGAUCUGAAUAUGUUCCAGAGAAUCUCUUGUUAUUUUAAAAAGUUUUGUCUUAAGAUUUAUAGAGUUAAAACAGUUGGUAAAUAUGAUAAGAUUGAUAAGUAAUGUUAUUUAUAAGUAUAUUCUUUUUUCUUUGUCAAUAAUUUGAGAGGUUAUUAUAUUAGAUAGGUAGGUCAUAUAAGAUACAUCACAUAAACAAAAAAAUACUGUAAAAUUCUACUUGUUUAGACUACUUUUGUAUGUUUAAAUGGCAUUAUUAUUGAUUUAAUAUAUAUAUAGUAAUCUUCACCACACAUUCAGUGUCGACCACACUUUUAACUAAGAAUUUUUAAACCUUAUUACAAAGAUAUAAGAUCUAUAGAUGGUUAAAAAGAGUGUCGUGUAGGGGUACUGUUAGUACAUAUUGUACGCUUAAUUAAUGUCAUUAACGGGUCUAAUGCGAUUAAAUUUCAUUAUUUUACCUUUUUUCCGAUGAAAUUUAAUCGCGUUAGACUCGUUAAUGAUAUCAAUUAUGUGUACACAACGCGUGAGUUUAAAGUGUGUACGCUUACUUUAUUCGUACUUAUUGAAGAUUCAUUGUGUUCAAGGCCGUCUUAGGCC